AUUGGUUGCUAUGGGUAACUGGGCAACUGCACAGGUUUUGAUAAAUCUCUCCCAUGAUCUAUUUAUACCCAGGACUGUAUCUAUAACAAGGGGGCAUCCUCUAUGUCUAGAUGAAAGAAGGUUUCUGCACCAGCACAGACGGGGGUUCUUUACUUGCUGUGAGUACCAUUAAGCUCAGGACAAGUUCAGCAGACGCAUAAGUUCAGGAAGUCUGGAGGAGGGGCAGUUAAGAGCAGCUAUAGGCUUCUUUGUUGUAGAAGAGGAAAAAUCAUCUGCACAGAUACACUUCACAUAUCCUCCAAGCAACUUUCCCGUUCUCUCUGAAAACUUCACUGGAGAGGGAGAAAAAAGAAGAAGAAUCUCAUAGGAUUUACCAAGGGACGCGCUGUAAAAUCAUGGAACUCACAGUCUUCCUCAGUGCAGUUGUGCCCAGAUUCCUAUUCAUGCUUCACUCUGUAGUUGGAGUUUGGAGAGUUACAGUGCUAAAGAAUGACAAGAUAUACUGGCUGCUGGCCCUUGUCAACAUUUUAUUGUGCAUUGAGAUGGUGCUGACCCUGAAGCUGAAGAAAGGACGAGGGCUGAAAUGGGUCUCACCUCCAAUAUUUUGCUAUUUAUUAAGCAUAGUUCCAUCUCUCUGGCUUCUGGAAAUAAACAUUGGGCUUCAGUCAUGCGAUAAUAAAACCACUGUGAAUAUCACAUUAAACCACAACCAUACCGACCUUAUACAAACGAGCAUUCAAUUUGUUGAGUCACUAAAUGAAAUUUGUCAGUCGGCCUGGACACUAGCCCUACACCAAACAUUUCUACUGCUUCUUAUUAUUGGAAAAUGGCUUCUUCCAAUUGGAGAUGGAGUAACACGUGAUCAGCUUUCUCAGCUUCUCCUCAUGUUUGUUGGAACUGCAGCAGACAUUUUAGAAUUUACUAGCGAGACUUUGGAAGAAGCCGCCAUAAGAAGUAACAUUACAUUAGUCUAUGUUAUUCUUGGUGUAUGGACAUGGAGUAUGUUGCAGUUUCCACUUGACCUGGCUGUGCAAAAUAUUGGAUGUCAGGAAGGAUCAUCGACCAAGAGGAACCUUUGUCUACUAAUCUGUAGAUACAGUGCAGAUCUUUGGAACAUUGGAAUAAGUCUACUAAUUCAGGAUGGCCCAUUCCUUAUAAGUCGAAUAAUUCUUAUGGCUUUCUUCAAAAUAACUAACCAGAUGUUGGUAUUUUUCGCUGCGAAAAACUGUUUAGUUGUGUUACUACAACUGUAUCGACUUGUGGUAAUACUGAUAGACUUUCAUGCGUCUUUAGAAAACCGGAAAGCAAAAGGCAAAAUGGUAGAAGGAUGUUGUCCCUGUGAGUCUACAGAUGACCCUGAAGUACCCGCAACAAGUUUUACUUCUGAAGCAAAAAGUUUGGAAACCAGUGCAGCCAUUACCCUUGAUGACUCUCUAUCAGAAGGUCUAUGAAUGCUUACAAUAAAUGAAUGUGUUCUUCUGUUGUGUACCUUUUGAGUUCCUAGAAGGUUCUAGUAAUCUCAGUGGAAAUAUGGAGCAUGUUUGUACAUUCCCACAUGUACUCUAUCCAGAAGUGACAUUUAAGGGAUCAUUGAAGUAUGUGGAGAGACGAUUCAUGUUAAAGUGCUCCUAUCAUUUAAAAAAAAAAAAUUGACAUGACACAGACUUGUCAAAAGUUUUGGUUGGUAAGGGUCUUAUUACUGAGACCCCCACUGAUUAUUAGAACGAGCAGGGAAAGCACACGUUAGCACACUUCUCUCCCCGUGUCUCAGUGAUCUUUCUCCUGCUGAAGAGCCCCAUAGACUUAGAAUGGUCCUAUGUCCUGUGAUGCAGCUGAUAGAUUGCUACAAGCUGGGGAGUGAAGUCCACUACCUCAUGCCUCUCCCUGCUUGUUCUUAUGAUCGAUGGGGGUCUCAACACUAAGACCUGGACCGAUGAAAACUUUUUAAAUGCCUCUGUGACAUGUCAAAAGUUUUUUUUUAAAUGCCAAGUACAGUUUAAACAUAAGUUAAAUCAAACCAUCUUACGGUUUUAUUAAGACAUUCUUGUUUGUAUCAUAAAACAAGGGGAAACCUGGAGUACAAUAUGGCUGUGAAUUUUAAAAAUAAAAACAUAAGAA